UUGCAGUUAUACUGGAACAGAUUUUAAAUUCAAACAUGUACUUACUACUCAAUAUGUUAUCACUGAUAACAGUCAUAAUAGCUUGGCCUGAUGGUGCACCAUGUAUUCAUGCCGUUUUUGAAUCGAUGAAUCCACUUGAAGCUGUUGAACAUCAAGGUGGUUUGCAGCUUACUAUUCCACCAUAUCAUAUUGCAGUUCGACAAAAAUGUUAUUGGAUAAAUCAACCUAUUGAAUUAACUUUGAAAGGAAAUACAAGUAUCGAUCGUUUUCGUGGUUUUGCUAUUCAACCGAUUUCUUAUAAAGGACCAAAUCGAGGUAAAAGAGUUGGACAAUUUCUACGACUAGACGAUAAUGGUUCCUGGCAACAGCAAUGUUUUCGCUUCAAAAAUUCGGUGACACAUUCGCAUGACGAAAAAAAGAAACAAAUUAAAUUAUGGUGGAAAAAUGAUUUAAACGAUGAUGAUUAUGUGCAAUUUGUAGCAACUGUAGUUAAAGCGCAAAGAGAAUUUUGGGUAAAAUCGAUCAAAUCAAUACCGAUACCGCCAUGUCGCAUUGAAAGGAACGGUAUUCAAGGAUACAUACCGGAUCCAAUAACACCACCACCACCGGUUCGUCAAUUUGCGCGAGACUUUGUUAUUUAA